AUGGAAGCGGAUGAAUAUUUUACCACAUACGAUGCGCUUAAGGAUCAGCAGAAAAAAGAGCACGCUGUGCGACGACAGCUGCCGCUUAAAACCAGUGAAAACUGCGGGAUAAUGAAAAUAGUUUGGUCGCAAUUUGACUUUAUGACUGGCCCUGAGCUGAAAUUCGUUUGGGACGUCACUCCUUCUACUUCAAUAUCUCCAGUGAAUCUCUCUGGUGAAGAUGGGUCAAUUGCCGAUGCAGAAAGUUUGAUGGAUUCGUCUGGAUCCAAUCAAUCGGUAUCAUUUGAAGAAAUUGACGAUCCAUUAAAAAUUGAGUUGACGAUUCUGGAAGGGCUAGGCGACAACCUAGUGGACUCUUUCAGCACCCUCGACAUGAUGCAAGCAGGUGAUUAUAAAUACAAAACUUUGAAGUAUUUGGACGAAUACAUGACGGAUAGUGCAACGACCAGUACAAAGACAUUGACUAUGGACGAGUCUCGAAUAACAGAAAGUCCUGAAAGUGGUGGGAAAUCAUUGAGAGACGAGGGACUUGAUCACUGCUGUGAGGGAAAGUUAAUAGAUGAUGAACGGUUUGACACCAGUUUCACACUUGCCUCGCCUUCACCAAACGAUACGGGACAUCUUGGAAAGUUGUUGGCAAGCAAAUAUCCAAACGAAGAGGAUCGAGAGCUUGCCGAGUACCUGAAAGACAAAAUUGCGUCUACAUCGAUAGAUCCUCAGACAAGUGACUGCGUGGCACAUCUAACGGAACACUAUGAGCUGGACAGGCUGUCACCAAUUACCAACGAUGAUGAACUUCGAAGAUCAUGCGUUGACUCAGGCGUUGGUGUCUCAACACACAGCGAUCUCUCUGCAUUAUGUCGAAGCCCUCCUGCUAAAAAAUUCGAAGAUGCAUUUGAAAUCAAAACUUCGACACCUAACCCAAACGUUUUCAAUUUUCGAGAUGAGAGAGAACCGACGAAUACUCCACCUCCCAGAGAUAUUUUUGAUUUUUUCGACGAUCAAAUUGAUUUCGGAGAUUCUUAUGUUACGGACGAAGCGUUUGUGGCUAAAUGUGUUCUGGCAGAGUUGAUAUGCAACGCUCCCCAUUCGCGGUGCCCCCUUCAGCACAAAAUGAUUGUUUCGCCAUCCCGACAUCUACUUGUAGCCGCAUUCAUUUUCUCAGCUCAGACUCGGACCGGUUCCACCGUAACCUACGCAAUCUCGUUUCUUAUGUCACACCUAAAACAAGAAUGGUACUUGGAUCGACACUCUUGGUUUGAAAGAAUGGUCGGAGAUUCGGUGCCCAAAAUGAAGGCAUCUCUGUUCUCGGAGGAUUCAGAUGAUGUUCUUGUUCGAGUGACUUCUGAAUUAUCUCGUCUUCUCUCACUGCUUUCUGCCCUCGAACGGUUCCCACUCAUUUCUAUGGAAAGACCAUUGAUGGUGAGAUUUAUAAUUGAAAUAUGGAAAUUUAUUAUAAAUAAUUUUCAGAUUAAAAACACCCUUUUCACCGAAAAAGGAGCUGCUCUCUCCGAAAAUCGGAUACUUGCCAAGGCGAUCUCCGGAUGCUUGCAAAGCCAAGGACAUACUGUAAUCAUUGGAUCAGAUCACGUUUUAGUGGCAAGACUUCUUUACUCUCUAGCCUUCUUUGUUCCUGAACCUCAUCAAUGGUGUUGCUUGCGUCCUUAUCGUCACAAAUACAAUCCUUAUUUGAGAUUACAGGGCGUCAGAAGGGCCGAGCUACCAUCGGUUAUUAUGAGCGGAACAUCCAGUCCCUGGCCCAUUUGCAUAAUUGAUUUGGAUCGAUCUGCCGUUUGCUUGUCAGCUCCGUAUCAGAAACAUAGAAUCUUGCGAGCACGGAAUGAUUCGAGAGGUGUGAGACUGAUUCUUGAGCAUGCUGGAGUUAUGGUUUCGAAAAAUACAAAAGCCCCUCAAAUAGAACUAUCUCCAUGUAGAACUCUAGAAUGUGUGAAUUCGUUCAUCAAGCAAAUGGACUUCUUGCCGAUGGAAGAAUCAGUUCGUGCUGGAUUCUGUUCCCAGCUUAUGAUGUAUUUUGAUAACUUGGCCGCUGCUUUCAUCGCAUUUGUUCGAGACGCAAGUAGACCUGGAUUGGACGAAAAGGAGUGCGGAACCAGAUCAAAAUCAUUCAGUUUGACUGAAUGCCGUAAAGCUAUGGAUCUGACGAAUGAUGCAUUGUUCAAUGCUGUACUGGCAAGAGCCGAAUUGCUGCAGCCGGAUAUUUCCGAAUUCAUUUACAUGUAG